GCAACAAGAAGUCUUUCUUUGCAACAAGAAGUCUUUUUCAUCUGAAAGAUAAAUAACAAUCUUUUCAUAUUAAGCGAACUAAAUUACAAGCCGGACAAACCAGAAAAUUACAAGCCUGAAUAAUUAGCAGGAGUCUAAAGCCCUAAUGUUUAAAGGGAAGCCACAGCCGGAAACAAGAGAAUACAACGGAACAUCAAACCAAAGACUAUAAACAAAAAAUGCAGACUAUCACUAAUUAAAUUGAUCAAAACAGACUCUUGCAGAAGAAAGGCUGAAGCAGAGUCGCAGGCAGCUGGAUGGAUAAAUAUCGGGGCACAAGCGAAGAGAAAAGAACCAGGCGCACAACAAGGACAAGCAGAGAAACCAAAGCGAGAAUCACCCACCUAAACACCUAAUUUUCACCUUAAAGGUCUAAAUUAAUAAUUUUACAUCCCCACAAGCUGGACAAGAGGUUAGUCUUACAAGUACUAAUUAAAGAAGACUACCCUGCCUCAUCUGGACACUAAAGCGGGUACUGGACCUUCGGGCUCAGGGAAAAACCUCCCGGGUGAAGCUGGCCUGCUGCCUGACCGGGCCCAGGGAUUGACCCGCGAAGCGGGGAACCCUGGAUUACAAAAAAAAAAAAAAAAAAAAAAAAAAAAAAAAAAAAAAAUCAGAUGUUUCGAGAUAAGAGGUUUCCAAAAUUUUGAAAUUGUAACUGAGUCAAUCAAGACCAAAAUACAUUAAUUGGUUUCCAAAUUGUAGUAAAUUAUAACAGAAAUAAAUUUAUAACUGUCGUCAAAAUAAAUAAAUUUGUAACUCCAAAGUAAAGCAAUAUAUUAACAUUUACACGGCGAUGUACAAUUACAUAAAUACUACCACAUACCAAAUAAAUGUUUAGUCAUCCCAUCCCUUCGAAUAUAUUUACAUUUCUGUUAACUCUAUAAAUAGGGAACAAAGUUUAAUCGAACAACCCACUCCAUAUAAUUUUCAUUAGCAAUGGCUCUCUUUGAUAAGUCGCAUAGCAUUUUCAUGGUUAUGAUCUCAUUUUAUAGUCUUUAUACUAUUUUUUCAUCAGUGUUAGAUGUCUCAAAUGCUGUGCAGGAAACAUCAACAUCAGGAUCUGCAGGCGUUGACGGCUUCUGGCCUCUAGCACCAAAGCAUGUCAUAAUCAACAACACUGUACAGAGCAAGCAAACUCUGAAUGUACAUUGCAAAUCUAGUGAAGAUGACUUGGGGUUGAUCCAUAUCCCUUGGAACCAAACAUGGGGUUUCAAAUUUCAUGUUAACGUUUUCAAAACUACGAAGUUUAGAUGCCACUUUACGUGGGGUAUAGGCGAAUCUCACGAAUUUAAUAUAUUUACGGUAGCAAGAGACGACGACAAUUUUGGAGAUUAUGAAGUCUGUAAAGUAUGUAUUUGGGAGGUGGGAAGAGACAAUAAAGGGAAAGCUAUGUGUCGAGUAAAUCGAGAUGAAUUGAAUCAUCCUGUUUGUUUCCCUUGGGACGAUAAAGCUAUUUUGUGAGAAGAAGAAGAUUAUUGUUGUUACUCUAUAUCUAAUAUAAAAAAUGUUAUAAUCGUAAUAGAUUAUUUUAAAAUAAUACCAUUCAUAUUGUCCGAAUGCUUAAAAAUCCUUUCUUUGAAA